AUGAUGGGUGAAGUGUGUACAGAACGUCAUCUAGCUCUCAAAUGUGUUCAUUACACGUGGCUUGAUGAGUGCUUCGAGCGUCGCGUCGGUAAAUGCGAUGCAAAUGCUGUAAGUUCAGCUGGAGCCGCUGGUUAUCGAGUUGCACUGGCACGUUGUGACUAUCGAAAAUCGCAUUCUUCAGCUGAAGGAUCGAAUCCCUUGAUUGGAGCUCCAGCAGAUGAUGCCCCAUCACGACUACAACUGGUUUCAACUCUUGGAUACCUUCAGACGCAGUGUGCGUUGAGUCGAAGUAAAAAUUGCUCCAGCGAACACGUGCAUAAUAUUAUGUCACAAUGUGAAGAACGUAUGAAACCACGGGCCGGUUAUCCACAGUUCGACAGGCAUCGAUUGCUUCGGAUCAAAUUGGAUACCUCGAAAAAGCUGUUGCUAUACUCAGAAACUGACAAAGAACGGGAGUGCCUGGUGGUUCGGUCUACGCUUUCCGAAAUAUAUACGCUUCAUCAUGCCCAUUGUUAUCAUGUAAGGAUCUUUUAUUCGCUUUAUUUUUUUCCUAACAACUAA